CCGAUUAGAACAUCUCUUUUAUAAAAAUGUAUAUUGUCAAAAUAAGGCUAUAAAUUCUCGUAUGUCAAAGUCAAAGGAUUUAUUGUCAUCGCAAGCAAACCUAUAGCAGGAAAUACCUAUAAAAAUAGUUCACUGUUAUAAAAAUAUAAAUCAAUAAUGUGGAUACUAACUCUCUAUAUAGUGAAGACAACAUAUAGAUAAGUUAUAAAACUAGCAGUGUGUGUCGAAAUAUUCAUGAAAGCGACGUAUCGAAAUACGCAAUCUGAAUCUUAAGUAGUAUUGUAUUUAAUCUACUAAUUUUACUAAACAGGUCUGAACAAUGCUCUCUGAAGACGGUAUGGAGAACAGGCGAGGACCUCCCGGAGUCAACUCCAGGUCCAUGAGUGUUGCUCACUCUGCUGCUGAUCUUGAGGUAGUCUCCGGAAAAGCCCUCCAUUUAAUCUCCCAACAGAGAGAUAACUGCGACAGGGAGUUUAAAGAAAUACAAAACAUUCGCGAACAACUCUCAACGACACUACAAACAUGUCAAAAGGCCCGGGUUCAACUCAGAGCCGCGUCAAAUCACCUCACAAUAUCAACAUUUGUAAUCCUUGCAAAUUUUCGGAAAAGACAAAUCAUCAGAUCGGUACUGAAAUCGUUAGAGCUACUCCGAAGUUUACGCAGCGUCGAAAAAGAUGUUGCGGACUUGCUAGUAAAAAAAGAAUAUUAUGAAGCCAUAGAUUUGAUUCUGAAAAGCAAAAAGGCUGCUAGUCUUCAUAAAGAGUAUACAUGCAUAUCAGAUUUGGCAUCUCGUCUCCAAGAUACGCUGGAUAUGACAGAAGAAAAAUUGGACACAGUACUAGCAAGCCUCUGCUACAAUUUCGACGAAAAUAUCUUUCGGAAAUUGCGAAAAACUUACGCUCUGCUUGGAAAAACUCAAGCGGCCAUGGAGCAGUUACAUAUGCAUUAUUCUUCCGCGGUAAAUGAGUCUGCUAUCGAAGCAGUUAAGAGUUAUGUAGGAGACAUUUCCGAUAUGAAAUUCAAAGAAAUGUGUCAGUCCGUGCAAGCGAAUAAAGCUCCUAUUUGCUUGUUGAAUUUGUGCGAAAAUCUCUUCUUAAUCAUGAGGAGUUAUUACCUCUUAGUGGAAUGGCAUUCGAAAUAUGACGAAGAAGAAUCGAUACCGAUCUCGAGUAAUGUUUUUGAAAUCGAGAAGAAUGUUAGCAGAGAGUAUAUAAGGCAGAAAUUAAAAGCUGGGCUUGUUCGGAUCUGGAACGAUGUCCAAGCUAAAGUCUCAACGUUUUUGCGCAGUUCUGGCAUAGAAGAGUAUCCCUUUGAGAAGUUCAUACAAAUGUUAGGAGUGCUAAGAAAACUGACUCAAGUCGCUGAAGUGUUUUGUGGUGAUAAAUCAGACCUUUUGCAAGAUUUUAUUAAGACCCAAAGUGUUUUGUACAUAAAGAACUAUCACAAGGGACGGAUGGAGGAAUUGAAGCUUUUUUUGGAAAACGAAGGCUGGGAACAGUGUCCAGUUAAAUCUACGUUUAAUUUACUCUACCUACAAGAGUUCAAACAGUUCAAAAAGUACCUAAAUGUUAGGACAGACACUUCUCUUCUAAAGACCCAAUCCGAUGGAGCGUCCUCGGUCCAUUCGCAAGAAAACAGCGUCUAUAUCGCGAAGUACUUCAAACAAAGCACACACCACACGCCAUUCGAGAUCUUUCGCAAUGAAAAUAUAACGAAUGAUGAUAUUUUUGGCCUUGAACCGGAGUUGGUAAGCGAUGAUUCGGAGGAUGACGAACCAGAUGAAUUAAAAAGGGAUUUUGUUGACGAAAAUGAUCGGCCUGAACCGAACCAAAGUCCUAGCAGAGUUACGGAUAGUGUCAUAGUCACAAAUACCACGUUAUCAGUCCUAAGACACUGCGGACAAUACCUCCAAAUAUGUCGCUACUUACCCCAAAUUUCAUUAGAAGUCGUGAUGCUAAUGAACCAACUUUUCGACUACUAUUUCUUUACUGUACACCUAUUUUUUACCUCUGAUUUAGACGUCGCUUCUUCAACUUUAUACAGUGCGAAAUUGAACGCUGUCUUAAAGAGGAUAAAGAACAAUAUUGAUACGGAUAACUCUGGCGAGGUUGACGGCAAAAUACCUUGUCCAGAUCCCCCUCAGCAUCUAAACAUGACUUCAGAAGAAAAUUUGCACGGUCUUCCGGAAAGGAUAGUUGCGGUUGAAAGCGUUAUCUUCUUGUCGAAGCAAUAUGAGAUCUUGCAACCUUACUUAGAGUCUAUAGUCGCUCCUCACCAGAGAAUGAUCUUAGAACAUUUUAAAGAUAAUACGUUGGCCGUCGUUCAGGACUUAAGGGUGCCCGUGUAUAUGUGUUCGGCCUCUAAAGCGGUCGACGCAAGAACAGCUUUAAUAGCCAUGUCGCAAGUCAAAUGGGACGUCAAAAACGUCGCAGUCGAACACAGCGCUUAUGUAGACAUGAUUAUACGCAAAAUACAAGUUUUUGCGCUUCGUUUAGAGAAUAUUUCGACGAAAAUAACUCUUAAUAUUGACAUUUUGAACUCUAUAUGGAGUAUGGUGUCCAAAUUCAUAGUUCAUUUGCUUGUUGAAGGGUUUUCGAAUGCGACGAAAUGUUCGAAUGGGGGCUUAAUGCAAUUGGAUUAUCGGCAAUUAUUCCUGAAACUGGAGAAGAUAUCAGGAUUACGGCAUGAGCCUUUUUACCGGAGACUGAGAGAGUGGUAAACAGUACACAGCUAUAACCAGAGGCGAAUUAACCUCUUGAAUGCACCACAUAACAUCAUGCCUUUUAUCCCCGAAUGGGUAGGCAGAGGUGCAUAUUGCGGCACUUAAGGCAACUGUACAAUGUAACACUCAUUUUUCACUAUUUAUUUUAUGAGUCCCAUGUAAUAGGGAGUGAGCCUAUUACUGCAUACCGGGCACAAUUCCAGAUUCGGUGCUACUACCUACUGCAUUUUUUUUAAAUUCAGUAAUACUUUGCCCGACCAGGGAAUUCAACCCGAGACCCCUUGCCCGGUAGUCGCACUUGCGACCACUCGGCCAACGAGCCAGGAUACUUGAAUAUGAGACAACCAAAAAUACAUUGUGUCUCGCAUGGAUCCACAUUUAGACACACGAAAGGUUAAAGGUAGGCAAGCACCUGCUUGCCUAUGGCGCUCUCUAUGUAUAACGUCAUAGGCGUGACAAUUUUUUUGUCGACGCCGUCAGUUGUGCACGCGCGUCUCCCGGCGCCCCUCUGUAACCUGGCGCCCGGCACUUGUCUAGAGCGCCUUAGGGAUAAUACGGCUCUGGCUAUAACUAAUGCACGUAGCAAGCUGUGUGUCAUGUAGCGCGCUAGGGAAGUGUAGGGGAGUAAGUCUCGGGAAAAGUCUAGAUUUUGUGUAAUAUUAUUGAUUAUGUUUUAAAGAUAAUAUGAAAAUGUAUGAGAUUAAUAUAAAUGUAAAACAUUUAGUAUGCAUGUAAGAAAACAAAGAUUGAUUCAGUACAGAGAUAGUAGCCAUUGGUUGUCUAGAGCCGACCAAUGGCUACAAAAGAUAUGGCUUCGUUACAAAGUUAAUAACACCACAAGACAAUCGGCGAAGCGUCACCGAUUCAUGGUAGAUGUCCCACCCAGACAC